AUGGCUGACGACGCUCCUGCCCUUCGCGGGACCUUUGAUACUGAGCGCAUCGAGGCACCCGUGACGGUCAAGGCCUACCUUAUGUGUGCUUUUGCCGCAUUUGGAGGAAUCUUCUUUGGUUAUGAUACGGGAUGGAUGGGAGGUGUUCUUGGAAUGCCAUACUUCAUCCGCCAGCACACCGGUCUCGAAUACCCAUGGGACAAAUACCCCUCUAUGGAGGGCGCCGCGUACGAGCAAUAUAAGCUCGACUUUCAUAUUCCCGCUACGAAUGUAUCGCUCAUGACUUCUAUUCUCUCCUGUGGUACCUUCUGUGGCGCCAUCGCCGCUGGUGAUAUUGCUGAUUUCAUCGGUCGUCGUAUGGCUAUCAUCGCUGGUUGCAUCAUCUUCAGCAUCGGGGCUGUCCUCCAGACUGCUUCCACCACCCUUGCCGUGAUGGUUGUCGGUCGUCUGAUUGCUGGCGUCGGUGUUGGUUUCAUCUCCGCCAUUAUCAUUCUUUACAUGUCCGAGAUUGCACCAAAGAAUGUCCGCGGUGCCUUGGUUUCCGGAUAUCAAUUCUGCAUCACCAUUGGCAUCCUCCUCGCUAACUGUGUUGUCUAUGCGACCCAGCAGCGCGAUGACACUGGAUCGUACAGAAUCCCCAUCGGCGUCCAGUUCCUCUGGGCUAUCAUUCUCGCCGUCGGUCUUUUCCUCCUCCCCGAGUCCCCACGCUAUUUCGUCAAGAAGGGUAGACUCGUAGAGGCUGCUGCCGCUCUCGCAUCCGUUCGUGGCCAGGAAGUCGACUCUAAAUACAUUGAGGACGAGCUUGCUGAGAUUGUCGCCAACUAUGAGUAUGAGCAACAGGCCAUCCCGCAAACCUCUUACAUCGGUGGGUGGGCAAACUGCUUCAAGGGCUCCCUUAGCGACGGUUCAUCCAACCUCCGCCGCACUAUUCUUGGUAUUCUCAUGCAGAUGAUGCAACAGUUGACCGGUAUCAACUUUAUCUUCUACUUCGGGACCAUCUUCUUCCAGUCUCUAGGCACGAUCGACAACCCUUUCUUAAUCUCCCUCAUCACCACCCUCGUGAACGUCCUGUCCACCCCAUUAGCCUUCUGGAUCAUUGAGCGUUUCGGCCGUCGUCGCAUUCUUAUCAUAGGUGCUUCUGGUAUGGUUGCCGCCCAGUUCAUCGUCGGUAUCAUCGGUGUAACCGCCGGAAGGUUGGAGGCACACAACGCAACUGCCGUCAAGACCAUGAUUGCAUUCAUCUGCAUCAACAUCUCGUUCUUCGCCACCACUUGGGGUCCAGGCGCUUGGGUCGUCAUCGGCGAGGUCUUCCCGCUCCCCAUCCGCUCUCGUGGUGUCGGUCUCUCCACCGCCUCUAACUGGUUCUGGAACUUCCUUAUCGGUUUCAUUACCCCAUACCUUGUCGGUACCGAGAAAGGGCAGGCAAACCUCGGGGCAAAGGUCUUCUUCUUGUGGGGAGCCCUCUGCUGCGUUUCUUUCACCUUCGCGUACUUCCUCGUCCCAGAAACUAAGGGUCUUUCUCUCGAGCAAGUCGAUAAGAUGUUGGAGGAGACCAACCCACGUUCCUCCAACAAGUGGAAGCCACACUCCACCUUCGUCGCGGAGAUGCGUGCCAAGCAUGAUGGUAUCAAGAUUGCCGAGAAGUCCGUUGAGCGCGUCGAGGUUCUCGGCGAGAAGGCUGUUUAA